AAAGUGAACGGAGGGAGCAUAUAUCACCUUCUCGAAAGCUGCGUCUAUCUGUCUUUCCUUUUUUGGCCCUUUAUUUUCCUGGAAAGAGUGUGAUUUGUCAAUUUCAUAUUCUCUUUUAUUUCGAUCAAAACUUGGACUACACAAAGUCUCACUCAAAACGGCAACGAAGAAGAACCAAUUUUACUGAAUUAAUUACAUAAUUGGCAGUGGAAAUAAGAUGGGUGAUUACUCCAAGGACGAUUUCCUUCAGCUAAUCAAGCGAUUUGGCGCUUUCUUAACCGUCAAGAUUUCUAAUCUCUUCGGCACACUGGAUUCAAGAUCUGUGGGUGCCAUAGCAGGUCUUGCAUUUGCAAUAGUUUUUACCUGGAGAGUGUGGAGAUCACCUAGUCCACAACGGAGGCUUCCUAAGAGACAGGGUGCUACAUCUAGUAGUUCUGGCGUAAGCAAUCAUCCAAGUGCAAAUGUUGCAACUUCAGGAGUUAUCCCUUCUUCUGAGGAUUCAAAUGCUCAAAAUGUUAUUGAUGAGUUCUUCCAGCCAGUAAAGCCAACACUUGGACAGAUUGUUAGGCAACGGCUGAGUGAAGGGAGGAAGGUGACAUGUAGGUUGCUUGGAGUGAUACUGGAGGAAACUAGCCCAGAGGAGCUUCAGCAACAAGCAACCGUGCGAUCCUCUGUACUCGAAGUAUUGCUCGAAAUAACCAAAUUUUGUGACCUUUAUCUCAUGGAAAGAGUUCUCGAUGAUGAAAGUGAAAAAAAGGUCCUCCUGGCUUUAGAGAAUGCUGGAGUGUUUACAUCUGGAGGCCUGGUCAAAGACAAGGUUCUCUUUUGCAGCACUGAGAUUGGACGCACAUCCUUUGUUCGACAGCUAGAACCUGAUUGGCACAUAGAUACAAAUCCGGAAAUCACUUUUCAGCUAGCGAGAUUCAUCAAAUAUCAGUUACAUGUUUCACCUAACAAGCCGGAAAGAACAGCAAUCAAUGUCUUCAACUCAACAACAUUGGAGCAGUUCUUUGGAAGUGUUUAGAUGCAAUCAACAAGAGCUCUAGCAAAUUUCGUUUAUUUUAGGUUUUUUCUUCUUCUUCUUUUUUCCAUCUUUUUUGUUGUUGUUUUCCCUUUUCUUCUCCUCUCAAAUCGAUUCGGCAUGUGAAAAUCCUCAUAUGUUUUGACUUCUAUUUUUAUUUGCUUUUCUUGCUUCCUGCUGCUUCAUAGUGUGGGAUUAAGGCGCACUAAUUGUAACACUGGUAUUGUCGAAACAAAUCUAUCUCUGUUGCUGUGUAUCGACCUCUUUUGAAUCAUAGAUGUGAAUGUCAUUAUAAGUUGCUACUA